AUGCAGCAGCAGCAACAACCACAACAGCGGCAGGAGCUGUCGUUAGAGUUUCCCUUCUGCCCGCUUUUGCUGGAUCCGCUUGACCCUUCUCGAGAGGCGCACGGCGGCAGCAGCACUCAGAACGGCAGCAGCUUCAAUGGGAUGCUCAGUGCUCUGCCGAUUCAUGUGCAAGAUGCACGAGGAACGUAUGCUCAGCUUCACCUGCAGCAGCGUCUUGACUGCAAAGCCAAUGCGCUUCGCCUGCUGCAAGAACUCGAGCAGCAGCCGCUCGAUCGGCCAGACUUCGCUGCAAAGUCGAAGCAGGUGCUUCAGCAGCUGCAGCAGCACGACAGGGAACUGCUGCAGGACCAGGAGCUGCUGCAGCACGUCGAAGCAGCAGCAACAGCAGAGGGGCAGGAGGGAGAGUGGGUGUCAGAGGAUUUGUCGCUCUGCUGCUUCCAGGAGGCACUAGCAGCAGACAUGCUGCUGUUACUAGGGCUUCCGAAUCUGCAGCAGCAGCACCACUUGCAGCAGCUGCAGCAUCAGCACGUCCUCCUCCACUCUCCCUGCCUGCAGAGUGUACUUGAGGAGCAAAAGAAACGCCUUCAGAAACAGAAACAGCAGUGGUUUGUUGCAGCGCUCUGGCGGCUGCAUGCUUUAAGUUUCAAUAACGAUGUGAUGCAGCUCCUGCAGUCGUACGGGAAGCAGCCUUCCGCAGAACACACGAGUCUUCUACUCCUCAAGGCAAAAGCUUUGGCGCAUGCCGGGAGGCGCAGGGAAGCAGCAGAAGUCUUGUCUUUGGAGGCUUCUCGGGCAGAUCCGGAGGGCUGGCUCUGCGUUGACUGCUUCGGACUACCGCAGCUGCUCAGCUGGCACCAGCUGCUGCUGGCCGAGGUGUACAGACACUGCGAGUUCACGGAGUUGCACAUUGAGGCGUUGCGAAGCUGCUGCUGCGGCAGCAACAGCAGCAGCAUGACGGCCGCUGGCUUUUCUGCAGCGACAAGGCUCUUAGGCACAUGUCUCAUCUCGCCGGAAGAAGGUUUGUAAAUUGUUGGUGCUGCUGGUGUGUGCUGUCGUGUUAGCGGGGUUGCCUGGAGGCUCUACAAUGCCCGCAACGCAGCGCGACGAGCUAUUCAUGAUGGGAGGCCGGAUGACGCCUUCGCCAUUUGUAGCCUGCUCCUGAGUCGAGAUCCUUUCGAUUCGGAGGCACUCCGGACUGCCAGCAGUGCAACCCUCGUUGCGCCUCACCUGAUUGACAAGUUGCAGGAGCACCUGCUGCUGCUGACACGUGCAAAAGGGCAAAGGAAUCGAGCGGAGUUCGAAUCGCUCAAAUGUCUUGUGCGCGGGACGGUGGAGUUCACCUUCGGCGAGUUUCUGGCUGCGGCAGAAACUGCCGCUUGCAGCGAAACUCUGCUAUUAGCAGCUCGGCGGCUCCUAGAGAGGCAGCGCUCGGCUUCGUCUGAUACGCAGCGAUGGCGCGCUGCUGGUGCCGGCACGGUGUACUUACAGCGCGCGUUGGAGCUACGCCCUGGUUGCCCGCUACUGCUCAACGAGAUGGGCGCAGUGGCAGCAGAAGCCAAGAAAUUCGACAGCGCCCUUUACUGGCUAGAGAAGGCAGUAGCUGCUGCUGCAAAUAUCGAAACAGCGGGCAUCUGCAUGGCAAUGCCGCAAUACCUCUCAAACCUGGCAGUGUGCCGUCUACGGGUAGGACAGCUUCCCGGUGCUGCAGCCGCUGCUCGCGCUGCACUUCGUGCCGCAGCAAAGCUUGCGCAGCUCACUGCCUGCCCGAUAGGGCCUUUGUCAGGCCUCGCGUACGAUUUUCUUUAUGAACUACAGCAGCUUCGAAGCAGCAGCCGGGGUGUAGCUGCUGCUACCGACCCACUACGCCUUCGAGCUGCUGGCGCUGGAUGCAGCAACCUGCAGCGACAAUUUGCUGCCGGGAACGCUGCUGUGCUCCUGUCUACUGCUAACGCCUGGCUAGUGCUUGGAGUUGUCACUCUUUACGGCGGCAAGAGCGAAGAGGCAGUGCCAGCCAUCGAAUACCAGUCUGAGCUGCAGCAACGCUGCUGCGAAGAGGAGCUGCAGCGGCGCCGGGUGUCGCUGCAGCAGAGACUGCAUGAAUUAGGUGAGGAGGAUACACUUGAAUGGAUAGCGUUGAUGCGGCUGCACCAGCAGCAGGCUCGACGCAAACUGGCUGAGGCAGCAGCCACGAUGGGCAUCGACAGCAGCAGCAAUCGACAGCAAAGCGCUGCAUGCAUUGCUUCCAGUGUAAAUCCGUAG